AUGCAGUCGGUAAGGUCGCGCCUGCAGCCUUCCGCAGGGUUUUACGACCGCGGCUGUCUCUCGUCCGCCCUCACCGGAGGAAGUCGUCUCGCCCAAUUAUAUCAACUCCGCCGCAGUAUUACCAACAGUAAUAUCAGAGUGCAGCUCCGAAGAAGUCGCAAUGAUAAAAAAACAAGUUUUACGAUAUUUCGCUCCAGAUGUGAUGGUGGAUGUGGAAGUUUGGGUGAAGAUAGAGGUGGAAGUUUGGGUGGAGAUGGAGGUGGCAGUUUGGUGGAGAUGGAGGUGGAAGGAUUCGUGAAGACGGAUGUGGAAGUAUUAUCGUUAAUGGAGAAGAAUAGGAUGUGA